AUGCUGUGCAGAUCGACGACGAGCGGCCUUGCAGGGGCAGCACCGCGGGGCCUGAUGUGUGGAUCGAUAACGGGGACCCUUGCUAGGGGUGGUGUUGGUAGCAUGGAGGAGCAGGGGGACGCGGUCAGCAGCUUAUGGAACUCGUCAACGCCGAAGGCCGGGAGGAGAAUCAAGGACGCCGAAAUGUGUCCGUGGAAACUGCCAGAUCCGGCGUCACGCUACAGCCGUCCCUUCCACCGAUUUGGUGCCUCGCAUCUUGGAUCCGGCCGCGGAUCCUCGCGAGCUAAUGGCACCUCCAAGCCAUGGAUCCAUUGGAGGUUGGCACUCCAUGGGAUGCCACCGCGCUCCAACUCGCCGGCGGCACCCGCACCACCUCUCAGUCUCCCAGAGGCAGAGAGGGGAAAAGGAGACAGUAGGGAAAGAGAUAGAGCGGCGGUGGGGGAGAUGAGGUUCCGGUAG